AUUGCUCAUUAUUGUCAGUCUCGUGCCUAGAAUUGCAAUAUUGAAAUACUGAACAGGCUGCGUACAUCCGUUGCCCCGCUAACCACUUCACUCACGUGUUCCUGGCUUGUGAUGGCGGCUCUGCCUGCUGGUCUAAUAACAAUGGCGCCACGACUUCCUGUUCGGCACCACUGACGUCACUUCCGCCGUUCUUUAAGUGCGAGAGUGUAGAGGACAGCGUCCCCUACACCUUAGUGUGUGACCAUCGGCCUGACUGUAGGGACGGAAGUGACGAAGAUUUCUGCAAGUUCCCUCUAUGUGAUCGUUUGUUAUCUGUCCUUUGCAGCGAUAAGAAGUGCGUUGAUCACACAGACGUGUGUGAUAAUCAAGCGGACUGUGAUGACCAAUCGGACGAACAGCUGUGUCAUGUAGAUUCUUGGAAUGACACUAUUUCUUACCGGGACUUCAUUUUCACAACAUCUCUAAGACUAGAUUUUCAAGAUGGACGACUUAUUCUCAAUAAAUACAAGACAUCUAACAUGUCGAAUGUUUCUUGUCCUGACUCCCACUUCACGUGCACCAGCCUUCAGCAGGUGUGUCUUCCUGUCUACCUCCGUUGUAACGGGCUGUACGACUGUCCUGGUCACGAAGACGAGGCGGCAUGUGACAGGUACACGUGUCCAGGUUACUACCGUUGUCGUGGCUCGCAGGUGUGUGUUCACGACAGUCACGUGUGUGACGGGGUGUACCAUUGUCCACAGCGUGAUGAUGAAAUACUGUGUCACGAAACAUGUCCUCCACACUGUGACUGUCACGGAUGGGCCUUCGUUUGUUCGGACAUUUUCCCUGCCGCUGAGUAUUUCAACCUUCGAUACCUUGAUGCCAGCGGGACAUCACUGACCCUCGCUCAUCUAUGGAACAACAGUUUCCUCGUUCAUCUCUCCCUCGUCCGCUGUAAUCUCACCAAACUGCACCAAGUCACGUUGGGUAACCUCCGCAUCCUUGACCUCAGCAGUAAUAAACUAACAGACAUAAAUAGCAGUCUUUUUGACGGGUGGACAAGCCUAGAGUUUCUAAAGAUAAGCAACAAUCCUCUCACACACUUUUUCUUUCAAGACUUUAUUCACCCUUCUUCUCUCAAGGUCCUAGACAUGUCUUACGUCCGACUGUCAGAAAUCGACUUUGGAAUGUUUUCCUUCUUCUCAAUGUUGACCACUUUGAAUCUGUCUGGUAGCUUUAUUAAUCACGUGACCAAACAAGGUUUUGGUAAUAACAGUCACUUGAGCGUGCUGGAUGUGCGCCAAAGCCCAGUCUCACUGUUCCCUAGAGAAAUGUUUCAAGCUUUGAGCAGACUGGAAACUGUUUUCUCCGACAACUACAAGCUGUGCUGUCCGGCGACACUACCCCGAGGGUUCAACGUGCUCAACUGUCACGCUCCCUCCGAUGACGUGUCUUCCUGUGACGAUCUGCUGCGCUCCAACCUGUACCGCGUGGGUCUCGCCAUCUUUGCCUCGCUGGCCUUAGUGGGAAAUGGCGGCACACUGCUUUACCGUUUGAUCUUCUUGAAGUCGGCAGGUAACGUGGGCUACGAUGUCUUUGUCACCAACCUGUGUGUGGCCGACCUCUCAUGGGCAUUUAUCUCUUAA